AUGCUGAUACUUGUUUGGCUUGGCAUAGGCUUGCCAAGUAACAUCACGCAAUACCAUGUUGCCAAAUACCCCUCAACAUUGCUUCCAAGUUCUGUAGGCACUAGUCAAGGCAGAUUCCCACGCAAAAUCUGGCAGACUUGGAAGCACGCGCCGCCCUCUUUUUCGAGAGAGGAACUAGAACGUGCACGAACAUGGACUGAAAAGAACCCUGAAUGGAGAUGGGAGGUUUUGACUGAUGCCAAUGAACUGGAAUAUGUCGAACGCCACUUUGGGCCCCACGGAUUCAACAGACCAGACAUUGUCGAGUUUUUCAGGACUGUUUCGAUCACAAUCAUCAAAGCAGAUCUAUUACGUUAUCUCGUCAUGUACGUUGAAGGAGGGCUAUAUACCGACAUAGACGUGGAGGCUCGGAAGUCUAUACCUGAGUUUAUCCCGAAAACUUUCGACGAAGCAGAAAUCGACAUGGUUAUCGGGAUCGAGACCGACGAGCCUAAGUUUAAGGAUCAUCCCAUGCUCGGAGCUGUUGCGCGAAACUUUUGCCAGUGGACUUUCAUGUGCAAGCCGCAACUGCCUUUUCUGAUCAAGUUGGUUGACAAUGCCAUGGCCAGGCUUCACGACCUCGCCAAACAGCAAGGUGUUCCUAUUCCCGAAGUACGCUUGUACUUUAACCAAGUGAUAAGAUGCACUGGUCCUGAGGUAUUCACCGAUGUUAUCAUACAAUACAUGAAUGAGCAGAGGAUUCAAGGGCCGCCCAUCACCUGGAAUAACUUUCAUCACAUGGAUGAGGCAAUACUAGUCGGUCGUAUACUAGUACUACCAGUCAAGGCAUUUGCGGCGGGGCAAACCCAUUCGAGGUCGGGUGCAACUCACGAGAUACCCACAGCACUUGUGAAGCAUCACUAUUCCGUAUCAAACUGGAAGUCUCAACAUUCAAGAUAUAAGCAUCCUGUGUACGGCGAAUUGGAUGAAUGUUGCUUCGACGAAGCCUGCGUGGAUCAAUGGGAUAGAAACGUGAAGGCAUAUGAGAAUUUUCAGAACAAAGGCAAUCUCAACUAG